AUAAUCACAUAUUUCACCAUACUCAGUACAUAUGUUGUUUUAAUACCACUCGUCUCAUAAUUUCAAAUAUCCAUUUAUAAACUUGUAUUUUCAAACCCCCCCUUAGCUACCUAGAACACCAUCCGUGGGCAAACUUGGAGGAAAAGGGAAAACAAACAAGGCCUGGUUGCCUUCCUAUUAAUUAGACUUACCUAUGCCACGGAUAUUGGGCCCCCUCUGGGCUCUUCGACUCACAACGGCGGCGGCGCUGCUUGCAGCGUCCGCGUCAGCCACUUAUAUCGGUCAACUACCUUCACGAGAGCUUCUAUUCGGUCGGGCGGAUAGCACAUGCAACGCAGACGGCUUCUCAGAAUGCACGCAAUCCGGACUACCAGACAACUUCUGCUGCGAAACAGGAGCAACAUGUAAUGUACUGGCGGGCAACACAACAGUACUAUGCUGUCCAAAGGGAAGCAACUGCGACAAGAUCAGUCCCAUAACAUGCGAUCUCGGUCUCCAAGAUGCUUCGAAGAACCCGACCGCCGAAAUCAAGACGACGGCUCUCGAUGGCUUCACCCUCGCUUCCUGCGGUAAUUCUUGCUGCCCAUUCGGAUACCGGUGUGAUGGAGGGACUAUAUGUGUCAAGGAGGCGAAUCAGAAUGAGAAACCGACUCCGGAUAAGCCUAGUUCGUCUUCAACCACAAAGGCUCCGACACAUACUUCAUCCACCGGCAAACCGACAACAGCAGCUUCGACAACAGUAGCAGUAAGCGGUAUCCCAACCAGUUCCUCCGCAGGCGAAAGUCCAACACCGACCUCCACAACCGGCGCCGCAACAGUAGACGCCCCCUCCACCUCCAGCACAUCCCACACCGUCACCAUAGUCGCCGGUGUAAUCGGGGGCAUAGUAGGCAUCGUCCUAAUCAUAUCCGCCGUAGUCCUAAUCCGUUUCCGACGUAAACAAGCCCUGAAGAAGAAAAACGCACAAAUGCAACAACUACACCGGGGCUCCUCGACUUCGUCUUUUGGCAAUAUAAUCAGCGCACCUGUGCCCCAUUCCCAGUAUCCGAACCAAAGGAUUGAUUUUCUGGCGAAACAAUCCCAAUCCCAAUCCCAGACCGCGGCGUCGUCGCCUACGGCUGUGGCGUCGCCGCCUAGGGGUGGGGAGUUCGGGUAUGCGUAUGGAGGGGAUAGCGAGUUUAUGGCGCCCUACUCGCCGUUUGCGGGCAGGCCUGGGAGUGGCAUGUCUGGGCCGGCGAGGAGUUAUCAUGCUUCGGCUGAGAUCACGGGGUUGAGGAGUCUGACGCAUGGGAAUGGGAAUGGGAAUGGGAAUGUGGGGAGGCAGCACAGUCCGCAUCCGCAUCCUACGCAUCGCGAUUACUCGCCUGGUGUGGUACCGGCGCCGUUGCUUACUAUUACGCCUGCGGAUAGGGAUAGUAGGGAGCGCGGGCGGUCGGGGAGUGAAGGGGAGAGUAUAAAUAUCUUCGCUGACCCGAUGACGGUGGGUGGUGGUGGACUUGGUGCGGGGCUUGGCGCUGGGUUGGGCGUUGGUGAGAGGCCGGAUAGUACGGCUACGACGUGGUCGAAUAUCCAGCAUAAAGCUAGUACCGCGACGAGGAAUACAAAUCUAGGUACUGGUGAUGCGGGUCCCUCGAGGAGGCAGUAGUUCGUUGAAGGU